AUGGCGCUGGGCCCGGCUCAAGGAGAAAAUAGGACUCAUGUAAGAAGAAGAACAAGAAGAGGAAGACCUCCGGUCUCAAUUUGUUCUCGCCUCAACGCUGUGCGCCCUCUACUGGUAAGAGGGAACCACUGCAUCUCAGUGGAAGCCACUGCGACGGUGAAAAACUAUUAUGAGAUCCUGAAAGUGGAGAAAACGGCAACAGAGAGCCAGAUAAAGAAGGCUUUCCGCAGGCUGGCCGUGAAGUUCCAUCCAGAUAAAAACAGAAGCGCCGAUGCAGAGAAGGUCUUCAGGGAAAUGGCUGAAGCUUAUUCUGUUCUCUCUGACAAGGAGAAGAGGAGGCAGUAUGAUAGUAUGGGCCAUGAAGCUUUCCUAGAAAACGCUGACACAGACCAGGAACAGGACUCAACCUUCCACUAUAAUUUCCAGGACAUCUUCCAUGACCCCCAUGGUAGUCCCUUUAUGGAGGAUUUCCACUUCCAUUGGAGUUUUCCUUUGGAAGAAGAAGAAGAAAUGGAACAUUUCUCCUUUUCUGAGACAAACUUUUUCUUUUUUCCAGAGGAUGAAAAUGAAGAAGAUCUGUAUUAGUUUUGUUUUUAAUAUUUUAUGUGCCUCUUUUGUUUCCUUUUAUUGUAUUUCUAAUAAAGUUACUCGAUUAAACUUGA